GCUGUGCGCAAUGGCACGAGCGCUCCUCCCGCGCGGGGCUGGGCGGGAUAACCGGAUAACUUUCCCCUCUGCCUGGAGGGUGCUUUUUCUCGAUGGCAUCUGAUGAAUUAUCAACUGGGAAACAGUAACUGGUCUGCCGAACAUCUCAUCUCCCAUGUCACCGGGACGUCUCCAUGGCGAUGUUUAGCAGUGCUGAGCGGGUCUGGAACGAAUCGGACCGCCUGUGGUGGGACUCGGAGAGGAACGAGAGCUCAGAGGCGUCAGAGCAGGAUGAGCGUAACUACUACGCCAUGCUCUACUCGCUGCUCAUCCUGGCCAUCGUGUUUGGAAACGUACUGGUGUGUAUGGCCGUGGUGAGGGAGCGCUCCCUGCAGACCACCACCAACUACCUGGUGGUCAGCCUGGCUGUGGCCGACCUGCUGGUGGCCUCGCUGGUGAUGCCCUGGGCCGUGUACCUGGAGACCUCAGCACUUAAAAUAGUGCUGACACAUUAA